AUGAAAUGGGAGAGACCGACUACGGUGACGGAGGUUAGAAGUUUCUUCGGCUUGGCCGGAUAUUACCGAAGAUUCAUUGAGGGAUUUUCCCGGAUUGCAUUACCGAUGACUAAGUUGACAAGGAAAGAGGUACCGUUUGUGUGGAUGUCAGAGUGUGAACAAAGUUUUCAGACUUUGAAACAAAGGUUAACUUCAGUGCCUGUUUUGAUUUUGCCGGAACCGCAUGAACUGUUUGAAGUAUACUGUGAUACUUCGUUGAAGGGUUUGGGUUGCGUGUUGAUGCAACACCGAAACAUGGUGGCUUACGCUUCGCGUUAG